CCCUCCCCCUUGGCGGGCGCUCACAGGCCGCGCGGGCAGCGCGAGCCCCGGAGCCCCCGGCGGCCUGUGUGCCCCGAGCCGGCAUGGACCCGGAGAGCUGCGCGCCUUUCGGCGUGGGGCCCGGGCCUCGCCCCUACGCGGCCGCCGGGGAUGAGCCUCCGGGCCCCCAGGGGACCCCGGCCGCCGCGCCUCACCUGCACCCUGCGCCACCCCGCGGCCCGCGGCUGACCCGCUUUCCGGCCUGCGGGCCCCUGGAGCCCUACCUCCCGGAGCCGGCCAAGCCGCCCGCCAAGUACCUGCAGGACCUCGGCCCCAGCCCGGCGCUCAACGGCGGCCACUUCUACGAGGGCCCCGCGGAAGCUGAGGAGAAGGCCUCCAAAGCUGCCAGCUUCCCCCAGCUGCCCUUGGACUGCCGAGGGGGCCCCCGAGACGGGCCCUCUAACUUGCCAGGCUCCCCAGGCCCCUGCUUGGCCAGCCUGCGUGUCCCUCUGUCCCCGGGACUCCCUGACUCCAUGGAGUUGGCCAAGAACAAGAGCAAGAAGCGCCGUAACCGCACGACCUUCAGCACGUUCCAGCUGGAGGAGCUGGAGAAAGUCUUCCAGAAAACCCACUACCCUGAUGUGUAUGCCCGGGAGCAGCUGGCUCUGCGCACGGACCUCACCGAGGCCCGGGUACAGGUCUGGUUUCAGAACCGCAGAGCCAAGUGGCGGAAGCGUGAGCGUUAUGGGAAGAUCCAGGAGGGGCGGAACCCCUUCACGUCUGCCUAUGACAUCUCCAUGCUGCCCCGAACCGACAGCCAUCCCCAGCUGCAGAACUCCCUGUGGCCCAGCCCAGGGUCUGGGAGCCCCAGGGGGCCCUGCCUCAUGUCUCCAGAGGGCAUCCCCUCCCCAUGCAUGUCUCCAUACUCCCACUCUCAUGGGAAUGUGGCUGGCUUCAUGGGGGUACCAGCCUCUCCUGGAGCCCACCCUGGCAUCUACUCCAUCCAUGGCUUUUCCCCUGCCCUAGGGGGCCCCAGCUUUGAGCCCUCCCCGGAUGGGGACUAUAAGUCUCCAAGCCUCAUCUCACUCAGGGUGAAGUCCAAGGAGCCACCCAGCCUGCUGAACUGGACCACAUGAUCUGUCACGUGGACAUGCAGACUGAGCUGCCCAACCCCGUUUCUGUUUCCAGCUGCUCCCACCCCACCCCGGCCUGGAUGCCAGAGAGGACACACCUCUGCCUCCAAGGCCCAGAUGGUUCCUGGAGGCCCCGGCAGAGCAGCUGGGACCCUCAGGCUUCCGCAGGGAACAAGCUACAGAAUCUUUUCUGUUAGAAUAAGGUGAGGCUGCCCAGGAGAAAAGGGGCUUCAAAGCAGGUAGGACUCUUCCUACCACACACUGGGUCCCCUCCCCCAAACCCUGGGCCAGAGGGAAAAAGAUACUGCCCUGCUUCCUUCAGACUUUAACUGUCAUCCCUCCAGCUGAAACAACUUAACUGGCACUUCAUUCAGGGAAUGCAGGAAAAUGGGAGGACGAAACAGGUUGAACUGGGCGGCGCUCCCUGCCUCUUAGGGGAAACCAGUCUUGUAUGACAACCUAGGGCCGGCCUCAC